AUGCCGUACGCAUACGUGGCGUUACACCAGCCAAAGCGGGAGUUGGGGACUCAGCUUGCCCGGGCUGCUCCUGUCCGACGGGAUGCUGCCAACCUGAAGCUGGGCUUGUGCUUGUUUGUGACCACUGCAACAGGACACAAGUAUGAAGGAGUCAGAUUUGAAAAGGGAAACUGCGGAGUCAGCAUAAUGAGAAGCGGAGAGGCAAUGGAACAAGGCUUACGAGACUGCUGUAGAUCAAUCCGCAUAGGAAAAAUCCUGAUACAGAGCGACGAGGAGACUCAACGAGCGAAAGUAUACUACGCUAAGUUUCCACCAGACAUUUACAGGAGAAAAGUUCUUCUUAUGUACCCAAUACUGAGUACUGGUAAUACUGUCAUUGAGGCUGUCAAAGUUCUUGUAGAACACGGCAUACAACCAAGUGUCAUUAUCCUGCUAAGCCUAUUCUCCACACCUCAUGGUGCCAAAUCCAUCAUCCAGGAAUUCCCAUAAAAUGGAAUCACCAUUUUAACUACAGAAGUUCAUCCCGUUGCACCAACUCACUUUGGACAGAAGUAUUUUGGAACAGACUGACACACUCGGAACAAACAGAUAUGACUAUAUGAUGUUACAAGAGGUUUUUUUCUACGUUUUAUUAUUGUUGAGUUGGUUGAGGGCAUGUUUAAAAAUCUUUUUGGCCAAAGGGGGAAAUACUUGACUUCGAUUAGUUCUGGUCAGUUACUGCCUGAUCACCGAAUCAGGUACAGCAACAAAGCACUCUGUCCUUACGAAGUCAAGCAUCUCAAUGUUGGGGUGGUAGACAUUGCUACGCUAUCUGCUUUAACUUAUUUAUUCUU